AUGUCUUCUGCCAGGUUCAACAGGUGCCGCGAUACUUCUACCUUUUCCACCUCCCCCGCAAGCAACAGGUCAUCAAAGACCCACGUGGAGACAAUCGACGUCGACGUCGACGUCGACGAUGUGUCUGGCGUUUCACUCCCCUUGACUCCUCCACCGACGCCCUCUGGAACUAGAAGUAGGCGGUUCUCCUACGGUCGGCCUGGCAAUGACGAGCGCCGAGACUUCAACGUGGACGAAACCAUCACCACGGCCGUUCGGCAAGGGAUGCUGACACGUCCUCCUGCCGUAGUGCAGCCCGGCAUCACGCGUUCGAGAGCCGUGCGGUACGCACGAGGUGUCCUGCCUACACGCUUCGGCGGUAGUGCUGAUAUCAUCGUUGGCGAUGGUCAUGGUCAUGGUAAUGGCGAUGGCGGUGACGGUGUUCGUCCUCUCGUCGACAACGAUCUGGUCCCGUUGAAGAGGGGGUUACCGCCACGGCCAAUGUUCCAGAUCUCCAAGGAAGCUCGCGCCCGGAACAGGGCAGUCGUGGCAAGGGAGAAUGCGCGCAUGAUGCAGUGGCGGAGGACCCAUGAGCCGGCACGUUGGACUUACCCAUAUGGACGAAUGGGGAAUUUUGUGCUGGACGACAAUCACGACGAUGACGACUACGACGAUGACACUGAUGAUGACUACGAUAAUGUCGACGAUAACAACGGUGACAACGAGGACGAUGAGGACAAUGAGGACGACGAGGGCAACGACGACAAUGACAGCAAUGAUACCACAGCAGAAGACUGGGUAUCGACAACAACCACCGUGGUCGGGUCACAGACGUCGUGGUCAUCGUCACUGUCAUCAUCAUCAUCGUCAACAUUAUCGUCAUGGUGA